AUGUUUUUGUUUUCUCGGUUUUUUGAAGAACUUAUUUUUACUAGACGCUUCUCAGGUAAAAGCUCAAAAGGGUUUAAGAUGAGUAUAAGUAGAGCCAAUGAUCUGAGACUUCCAUUGAUGAAUCUCAUUAGACUCAAAGGAACACCAAUUCUGGAACAGCUUCAUUUAGAAGAGAGGCUUCUUAGAGCUUCCUCUGAGAAUUGGUGUAUUGUUAAUGAUGGAACCAAUGUCCCUACCAUUGUAAUGGGAAUGUCAGGGAAGCCUUCUCAACUUCUUGAGCUUGGACCUGUUAUGAAAGAUCAAAUCCCGGUGAUCAAAAGAUUCACGGGAGGUGGGACUGUGAUUGUGGACAAGAGUACUCUCUUUGUGAGUUUGAUUUGCAACAAGGAUGAUGUUCCAGGUGUCCAGCCUUAUCCUCGUUCUGUCAUGGCAUGGAGUGGUUCAUUGUAUGGGGAAGUGUUUGGAGGUGUUAAUGGUUUCCAACUACGUGAGAACGAUUAUGUUUUUGGUGACCGUAAAUUUGGUGGGAAUGCUCAAUCAAUAAUUAAGAAUAGAUGGAUACACCAUACGUCAUUUCUAUGGGACUACAAUGUUAGAAACAUGGCUUACCUUAAGCUGCCUUCGAGAGUGCCACAGUACCGGUUGGAAAGAGAUCACACAGAGUUCGUGUGUAGGAUGAAGGAUUACAUUGAAAGAUCGGAUUUUAUUGAGAAGACAGUAAAGGCUGUGGGAAAGCAAUUUGCAAUGAAGCAAGUGAACCUUGAGGAUAUAGAUUCCUACGCAAAAGGAGAACAUGUGAAGAGCACGAGGCUCCUUACAAUGGAGGAACUCCAAGAAGCAAUGUCAGGCACAACUCAGAGUGCAUGA